AGUUACUGGACGGCCCCUUGUUUACUUUCAAAGUUCAAAUCAGCGAGCAGUAAAACAUCCGUCCUUGCUCCAAAUCAUUCUCCCUUUCUCUUCAGAUGGAUAAAGUGAUUACUAAUUAUUUUACUAGUAUUUCCACGCCACCCCACACCUCGGCGGCGUGUGGAGUUAGUGUUUAGUAGAUAAUAGCGGACGACCGUUCAACAAGUAUCGGUUGCAGGGAUCAUUACGUACUGGCUAGCCUCGAUGCAGAAAUGACGGUGACCCAAGCAAGGCCUCUAAAACGCUAUGUGGUGGUGCACCCAUACACAGCUGCACAGGACGAUGAGCUGUCGCUCGACAAGGGAGAUGCUAUCAUGGUGGCCGAGACAUUUCCUGACUCCUGGAUGAAAGGAAUUCGUCUGCGUGAUAUGAGGAUUGGCUUCUUUCCAGGCAACUUUGUCAAGCCUCUUCCUGUGACAAGCACUGGAGAGAUUGUGGAAAGCAAAAGAUGUCAGGUGUGCAAGGAAAUCCUGACCAGCGAGAUGUCGUAUGGACGGUUUCUAUGGCAACUGGAGGAGGCCUUUGCAGAGCCAUUGAAAACCAGUGGAGCAAUCACGCCUGAAGAAUACUCGAAGAUAUUCGGAAAUACACAGGCUCUGGUUAAGUUGAACGAUGACUUGGUUGGACAGCUGCGGCAGAGAAUGCAGACCUGGGACGAAGAGACGUCGCUCAUGGGCGACAUUUUCUCGAAAAUUGCACCUCUUCUGAAGCUUCUCGAAGGCUACGCUCUGCAGUAUCCCAAUGCCAGGCAGGUCAUUGAGAAGUUGCGCAAGACCAAUCGUAACUUCAUGGCAUUGUGUUCUAGUGCGGAGGCUAGCACUGGUCACACACUGCUAUCCUUGCUGAUGAACCCUAUCCAGAGAGCACCUCGCUAUCAGCUAUUGCUGAAGGAGUUACUGAAGAACACAGCACAUGAGCACAAGGAUUAUGAGCACAUCACUGGAGCGUUGGGUCAAGUUAUCAAGAUCAACAUUGCUAUGAAUGAGAAUCUGCGGCGUAUGGAGAACGAGCAGCGUAUCAUCCAGAUCAGCAAGUCAUUUCCCAACGAUGACACCAAAAUCCUUCAAGCAAAGCGGCAAUUCAACAUCGGACGCAAUGCAAGGAAGGCCAAGGAAUCCUCCAGCAAGGAAGACAAAUUCCUCCAAAAGAGAAAGCGGCUGACGUCGUUCGGAGUACAGGCCGGUCCUUUGUCUUCAUCGCCUGGCACACCGCACCGCUCGCCGCAAACCCUCCGUAUGAACAACCGGCCCCGGCAACACUCUGAACCGAUAGCUCCAAUGGAUGCUCAAAUGCAGUCUCCUGCAACUCCUAAAACGCCCACCGGUGUGGCUUCAAGGAAGGCAGGAUCUGUGAAGAGCGGCCAGAGAUCGCCCAACACGAAGGCACACUUUCGCUUUAGCCUCAGCUUGCCAAUGGAGAGUAAUCCACCGUCCGCUAAUGGGUCUGAUCAGCUUGGGUCGCCUGCUUCACCACAAGGCACUUCUCCUGCACGCUUCUCAACGCCUGAUCCAAUGGAGACAAGUUCAACCAGCCGUCUCUCGCCCAGGACCCCAGCAUCAGCCGGGAAUGUGCACAGCCAACUCAUACCCAGCCCUGCGGGAAUCUCUCCGUCUGCAUCCAGUAUGUCAAACCUAUCUGCCGCUGGUACCAUGUCAGCGUUACCUCUGUCACCCUCACAGCAGGCCAUUGGCUCGGAUACACUCUUUGACACCAGCACUCAGCGAUUCUUCAUCCGCGAAGGCCGUGUCUUCUUGAAAGGCAAUGCUGGUAUUGAGAAGUAUCUCUUCCUGUUCACUGACUUGCUGCUCAUAGCUACGGUUAGCAGUCGGAAGACGUACAAGUUGAAAGAGAGAGCAGCCCUAUCCCAAUGCUGGGUGAUGAAUGGAAAGACAUUCGAUCGCAGUUUCCUAAGCAUCACUGUUAUGUUUGGAACGCCAUUGCAAAUGCACAACUGGGUGUUCCUACGCGAGGAGGAGAAGAAUUUGUGGCUAAUAGACAUGGACCGGUUUGUCAGGGAGCAGAAGAACGCGUUUCUAUGCGGAGUUGUGGACGAAACAGAGCUACCAGAUGAAGUGCUUCGCUACAUGACAUUCAGACCCAGGUCACUGAUGAAGCCAACGCUGCCCCUUGAACUUGAGCUAUCAGAUAAAGAGGACGCUAUCGUCAUAGGAUUCGAGGGCACGAAUGGCAAAUGGCAGCCGGCAUUGGCAACAACUGACCCAGAAGACACUGGUGUGGAAUGGUGGUUUGGAGCAUUCAAUGAGCGCGUUGGAUGGUUUCCAGUGGGUUGCAUUCCGGAGAAUGACCAGCUGUCGUUUCUGAGUACGCAAGCUUCCCAGUGUACACAAGUACCGAUCACCAUUGCACAGCGCAUGAAGCAACUCUGGACAUCCGAGACGGGAAAGUCCAUGCCGAGUCUGGGCAACCAGCGCAUUGCACGUUUCUACGAUGCAACCGGAUCGUUCAAGACGAUGCGGGUUCAAGAAGACGCCAGCGCGGAUGACUUGAUCAGUGCCUACUAUCACCACGGCUUGCUCUACAGUGGUAGAACGUGGGACCUGAUGGAGGUGUCGGUUGACGGUACAUAUGCUAGACUUGUAUCACCAUCGGAUUCACCAGCAAGUAUCGUGGAUAGAUGGGGUACCAAGUACCGGGACCUGAUGAAAUUCAUCAUCAAGGAGCGAGAUGAGCAGCCCAGAAGCCGUCUCUUCACCAGCUCUAUCAGUCCAUGAUGGCUGCGAUAGUCAUUGCUCCUUCUGGCAUACGGACAUUCGGCUGCUGAGCAGAAAAGAGAUUGCAAAGAUAUCGGGAGAUGGACAUCCGUAGGCUGACCAAUCACUGUCACUGCAUUCCUGGUGGCCAUGGCCACUAUCUUCUCAUCUAGCACUAGCGUGAAAUCAUUACGGAUGACUGAGCAGAAUUUACUUAGAGUUUGACACACAUGAGUAGGUUUCAAUUCUUGAAUAGCAUGCUAGUUUUGUUGCCAUUGACGACAAUAAUAGCGCACACAACAGCUGCUUCCAAGCUGUUCCUCAUCAUUUUUUUCUCAAAAAUGUCUUCUGUUCUUAUUCAUACACAUGAAAGAAGUGCUGGUCACUUCUGAGAUUGUAAA